UCGUUGCGCCCCGCCCGCAAGCGUCCUCCUCCGGGGCUUCGUGACAGCCAGGUCGUGCGCGGGUCAUCCUGGGAUUGGUAGUUCGCUUUCCCUCACUUAGCCGGUUUCUCUCUCUACCGGGGACUCCGCGUCCCGGCAUCCACCGCGGCACCUGACCCUUGGCGCUUGCGUGUUGCCCUCUUCCCCACCCUCCCCAAUUUCCACUCCCCCCACCCCACUUCGCCUGCCGCGGUCGGGUCCGCGGCCUGCGCUGUAGCGGUCGCCGCCGUUCCUUCGAAGUAGCAACUUCCCUACCCCACCCCGGUCCUGGUCCCCGUCCAGCUGCUGACGUGAAGAUGAGCAGCUCAGAGGAGGUGUCCUGGAUUUCCUGGUUCUGUGGGCUCCGUGGCAAUGAAUUCUUCUGUGAAGUGGAUGAAGACUACAUCCAGGACAAAUUUAAUCUUACUGGACUCAAUGAGCAGGUUCCUCACUAUCGACAAGCUCUAGACAUGAUCUUGGACCUGGAGCCUGAUGAAGAACUGGAAGACAACCCCAACCAGAGUGACCUGAUUGAGCAGGCUGCCGAGAUGCUUUAUGGAUUGAUCCACGCCCGCUACAUCCUUACCAACCGUGGCAUUGCCCAGAUGUUGGAAAAGUACCAGCAGGGAGACUUUGGUUACUGUCCUCGUGUGUACUGUGAGAACCAGCCAAUGCUUCCCAUCGGCCUUUCAGACAUCCCAGGUGAAGCCAUGGUGAAGCUCUACUGCCCCAAGUGCAUGGAUGUGUACACACCCAAGUCAUCAAGACACCAUCACACGGAUGGCGCCUACUUUGGCACUGGUUUCCCUCACAUGCUCUUCAUGGUGCAUCCCGAGUACCGGCCCAAGAGACCCGCCAACCAGUUUGUGCCCAGGCUCUACGGUUUCAAGAUUCAUCCGAUGGCCUACCAGCUGCAGCUCCAAGCCGCCAGCAACUUCAAGAGCCCAGUCAAGACGAUUCGCUGAUUCCCUACCCCACCUGUCCUGCACUUCCUUUCCUUUUUGCCACCCUUUCAGGAACCCUGUAUGGUUUUUAGUUUAAAUUAAAGGAGUCAUUAUUGUGGUGGGAAUAUGAAAUAAAGUGGAAGAAAAGGCCAUGA